AUGGCCACCGUGAGCCUCCGUGCCCUCACCUCCUGGGUGGGCAUCGCCCGGCUCAUGGCCGUGGUCCUGUCCUGCGUGGCCUUCAGCUUGGUGGCCUCCACCCGGAACUUCGGGAACUCCUACGGGACCUGGUGCAUGUUCACGUGGUGCUUCUGCUUCGCCGUGACGCUGCUGGUGCUGCUGCUCGAGCUGCUGGAGCUCUACCCCAAGCUGCCCCUCUCCUGGGACGACUUCACCUCGGCUUUCUCCAUGCUGGCGACGCUGAUGGUCUUCACCAGCUCGGUGGUCUUCCCUGCCACCUUCAUCAGCAGCCCCUGCAGCAGCAACGAGUGUGCCCGGCAGGCCGUGGCCACCACUGCCUCCUUCCUCUGCUUCCUCUUCUCUGCCUUUGAGGUGGGGCUCACCCGUGCCAAGCCGGGGGACAUCAGCAGCUUCCUCUCCACCGUGCCCGGGCUCCUCAAGGUCUUUGAAGCCUACGUGGCCUGUCUCAUCUUCUCCUUGCUGGAUAACCACGUUUCGGGAGCUGCCCUGCAGUGGUGCGUGGCCGUCUACUCCAUCUGCUUCAUCAUCACCUUCCUCAUCAUCAUCUCCACCAUCGGCCGGUGCCUCACCUACAUCCCUUGCCCUCUGGAGAAGCUGCUGGUGGGCUACAACGCCCUGGCCCUGCUGAUGUACAUCACUGCCACCAUCCUCUGGCCCCUCUACAGCUUCAACGGGAAGAGCCGCCCCGACCCCUGCGACAGGAACUGCUGGUGGAACAAGCACCUGGGGGUCACCUUCCUCACCAUCUUCAACCUCGUCGCCUACACGGUGGACCUCGUCUACUCCACCAGGAUGGUCUUCAUCAGGGCUUCUUGA